AUGGCACAGUUCAGCACCGGCGCGGACGGGACAGCGCCCGCGCGGCCCCCUUCUGGCCCGGAGGCGCUCCGCGGGGAGACGCGGCAGGUGACCCUCAAGCGCAGCAAGGCGCAGGACGGGCUGGGCUUCAGCAUCCGCGGCGGCUCGGAGCACGGCGUGGGCAUCUACGUCUCGCUCGUGGAACCGGGCUCCCUGGCCGAGAAGGAGGGCCUGCGGGUGGGCGACCAGAUCCUGAAGGCGAACGACAAGCCCUUGGACAAGGUGACGCACGCCGAGGCCGUCAGGGCUCUCAAGGGUGCCAAGAAGCUGAACUUGUCCGUCCACUCCGUGGGGCGCAUCCCCGGCGGCUACAUGACCAACCACAUCUACACCUGGGUGGACCCCCAGGGCCGGAGCGUCUCCCCACCAACAGGCCUUCCCCACCACCAGAGCAACUCUCUGCGCAAGGACGGCGAGAAGAGGAGCCACCUCCAGCUUCUGCAGGAAGGCGAUGAGAAGAAGGUGAACCUGGUGCUGGAUGAAGGGCGGUCGCUGGGCCUCAUGAUCCGUGGAGGAGCCGAAUACUCUCUUGGGAUUUACAUCACAGGCGUAGACAAAGGCUCUGAAGCAGAGAGCACCGGGCUGAAGGUUGGAGACCAGAUUCUGGAGGUGAAUGGCAGAAGCUUCCUCAGCAUUCCCCACGAUGAGGCAGUCAAGCUCCUGAAGUCCUCGCGGCACCUCAUCAUGACGGUCAAAGAUGUUGGGCGACUGCCUCACACCCGGACCACGGUAGAUGAGACCCAGUGGAUCACCAGUUCGCAGAUCGGGGAGACUGUGGUCAACGCAUCAGGGAUCGCCGGGAAUCCCUCAGGAGAUGCGACACCAAAGCCUUCCUUUUACAGAGGCCUGGCAGGAUCCCAAGUGACCCUGAGCAGUCUUGUGAACCAGAGCCGUGUCAUGCUGGAGGAGCAAGCGCGCCAUCUCCUGAACGAGCCCGAGAGGGCCACCAUGGGGUACUACCUGGACGAGUACAAGGAGAACAACAUCCCAGUCGAUGCCCUCGUCAUGGCUCUCUUUGAACUGCUCAACACCCACGCCAAGUUCUCACUCUUGUCCGAGGUGAGAGGAGUGAUCGCUCCCCAGGACAUCGACCGCUUCGACAACCUGGUCCUGAAGAGGGAGAUCGAGUUCAUGAAGGCCCGGCAGCCCUCCGGAACAGGGACCGGCACGGACUCCUACUCCGUGAUGUCUUACAGCGACACUCUCUCCUCCACCGGGAGCCAUUUCACUUCUACCACCGUCAGUUCUGCCCGGAACACAUCAGACUUAGAAGGAGGCCAGAAUGGGAACCAAAGCAGCGUCAAUGCUCUGCCGGACAUCUCCCUGGACGAUGUCUCCUCCUCCCCUGACGAGCCUCCGUCGUUCAAACCUCCUGCUCCCACGCCUUCUCCUCAAACCACCACGGACCCUUCCGGCCCGCAGGACCGAGCAGCAGCAAAGGACACCCUCAAGCGGCCAUCCUCUGAAUCGUCUCAGUCGGGCCUGUUCUUCGUGGCCCCCCAGAAGUACACGCUGCCUCCCGGCCACGCGGAGAAGGACUCCAGCAGCGUGGGUUCCUCCUCCUCCGCCACCGCCACCACAUCCUCCCCGGAGGAGCCCGUCUCCAAUGCCAUCUAUGCUUCCGUCUCCCACGCUUCCAGAAGGCCCUUGGAUGCGCACCUGCUCCUGCUCAACCAGCACCCCAUCGGGCCGUUUCCCCGGGUCCAGUCACCGACCCGGUUGAGGAACCCCUCUCCGGAAGCCAUGGUCCCCGGCUCUCUCCCAGCCCCCAACACGCUCUCCCCUUCCCCUCCCCCGCCGCCGCCUCCGUCCCACCCGGCCCCUCCCCCUCCCCACGGGAAAGGUGGCCCAGAGACUGGCAGUGGCCGGCACUUUAUCAUGGUGGAGGUCCAUCGGCCCAACAGCGAGCCGGACGUGAAUGAAGUGCGGUCCUUGCCCCAAGCCAGAGCCUCCACACUCUCCCAGCUUUCGGACAGUGGACAGACCCUGAGUGAGGACAGUGGUGUGGACAUUGGGGAGAUGGAGUUCAGCGGCAAAGAGAGAAUCCGGCCACAGGCUCCCGUGCAAGGCCGGAGCGCCCCAGAAGCCGCGAGGGCCGAUGGGCCAGCAGACACAGGCCCCAAGCCGCCAGGACUCCUGGAACCGACGUCGCACCUCAUCCGUGUGGCAAAGAGCGCGCCCACCCUGGGCAUCGCCAUCGAGGGGGGAGCCAACACCCGGCAGCCAUUGCCACGGAUCGUCACAAUACAGAGGGGCGGCUCUGCCCACAACUGCCGGAAGCUCAAGGUGGGCCACGUGAUCCUGGAGGUGAACGGUGCAGCCCUGCGAGGGAAGGAGCACCGCGAAGCGGCCCGGAUCAUCGCAGAGGCCUUUAAAACGAAGGACAAGGACUACGUGGAUUUCCUUGUCACCGAGUUUAACGUGGCACUUUAG